UCCUGCUCCCAUCCCCUUGCAUCCCGCAGUCAGUUCCCAAAUCUGGGGCUCUCCUUUAUGGCCAGCAGGACUUGGUGGGCUGCAAGUGUCAAACAGCAGCAGAGCCAAACUAGUAGUGUACCAAGAGCUGCUCCUCCUCUUCUUUCUCCUCCUCCUUGUGCGGUCUCACCAGGUCUCAUCAAGCAGAAGCAACUUCCUGGUGUUGCACACAGCUCCUCACCAGCUGUCAGGAAAGAGCUUCUGGUUUCAAGGGAGGAGGCCUCAGAGAGGCUUGUCCAGAAUGCUUCAGGUGGUCUUCAGCAAGGAGGUGAGCACACAGGAAAGCAUCUACUGAUGGAAGAUGAUGCAUCUGGAGGGGAGAGACGCUGUGGUGAGGCACCUUCGGGCAAAGUUCCAACAGAACAGGAAAGAACCUCCCAACGUGUGUGGCUGGCCAGAGAGUCACCCUGCAGCCUCUCAUGGACCAGAGCCAGGACAGACUGUCAGUGCCUCCAAGGGUGAUCCUCUUCAGGAGGCUCCCUGGAGCAGGAGGGACUGCACCAGGCCUUCUCCACCUCACAGUACAGGUCAGAGCAUGGGACAGCAUCCACCUCAUUCUGCCUGUGAGACCCCAGCACGAAUGGUGUGUCGGAAGAAGGAGACGGCUCCAGGUGCCAACUUCCACCCAGUGCCUGCAAAACCAGGAGAUGUGUUGAACAAGAAGGUGGAAGCCAGCUCUGAUCCUCCCCACAGGAAGCCAGCCCACCAGACAUGGCCACCUGCCAAAGACAAAGGGGCUCCAGUGGUUCUUGCCAAAGGUGCAGCUGCUGCAGCCCCCCUGCUUGCUGUGGGAAGCCCCCAAAGGACAGAGCACCCAGCUCUGCCCCGGAGGAAGCCUUUGCCACCCGUCAGGGCACUGGGAGUGAAGCCAGGCAAGCCCCGGCGCCCUCCUGAUGUGGAUUUGGCAAAGUUCAGAGCAGCUGCACAUCCUGGGAAAUCCAUCUGUCCUGCUACAGAACCACCACGGAGUGCUCAGCUGGGUCACCCGCAACCAGGCUGUGCUGCAUCAGUACCUGCAUGGUUCCCUCUGCAGGAUGCUCCGAGUGGCACAGGGGAUGAAGAUGAGCUAUACGAUGAUGUUGAGCCUGUUGAGCUGGCCAGGAGAUGCCCAGGCCUUCUGCUUCCUUCUGUGUCCCAGCUGGCAGUGUAUCCCUGCCCCAGAGGGGGUGGAAAUGCAGGCCAAGCCUCUAACAGGGUUACCUUGCUGGCAACUACACUGAGAGAAUCCCAGAUCUCCCAGAAGAUGAAGAACAUGACACUCAAGGCAUGCAAGAAGGAAGAGAAAAUGGACAGGGAGUUUCAGAAGAAAUUCAAGUUCAAAGGCAGCAUCAAUGUCCUGACUCAGAUGAUGGUUGACCCUGCAGCGACAGAGAAGAGGGGCGGAGCGAAGAACCUGCCACUGAGACGGGGAGAAAUCCUUGAUGUCAUUCAGUUUACAAAUCAGGAGCAAAUCCUCUGCCGGAACAGCCAGAGGAGGUAUGGCUACGUGCCCCGGGCCGUGAUGCUGCCUCUGGACACUGACAUCUAUGAUGACGUUGAGAUUUAUGGCUGAGCUAACCACACUGAGGCCAAAGGCACAAGACAGCACCACAGAGACCUCCCCAAGGGCUGAAACAUGAACAGCGCCAGACACCAGGCUCCUUUUGUGAAGGAGCUCUGCUUCCUCUGCGACAGACUUCAAAACCACCUUUUUCUGUUCCUGCCAGAGCAGAACAGUAGCAUGGCUGCUCAGCACCUGGGGCUGCACAGAUCCUGUCCCAGAUCCUCGAGUCACACCAUCACCAUAGCUCUGCUUUGUCUUUGUAAAAUACAGCAAUGGUUCAAGAGGG